AUGACCGGCCCGUCAAUCCAAGAUCGCACCAGCGAGUUUAGCUCUAUCUUGAGCCAAGCCCAAAAACGGCAAGGAGCCUCGAAAGUUGGAUCACAGCGCCAGGCGCUGUUGACGGAUACUCAGCGGCGACAAGCCAAUGGCUCACCAUCUGGUGCGCAGGAGGGGAAAACGGGGCGCUCGGAAUUUGCGCGAAGGGCGAGGGACAUUGGAAAGGGGAUCACCGGCACAACAGCAAAACUGCAGCGACUCGCGGAGUUGGCAAAGCGGAAAACGCUGUUCGAUGACCGACCCGUUGAAAUUUCCGAAUUGACAUACGUGAUCAAGCAAGACCUGGCGUCCCUGAACCAGCAGAUCGCGUCUUUAUCCGCCUUGACUCAGGCACAACACCCGAAAAUGAACCGCUCGAAGACAGACCAGGAAGGUGAACACAAUGAUAACGUUGUUGUCAUGCUACAGGGUAAAUUGGCAGAUGUGGGCGCCAGCUUUAAAGACGUUCUGGAAGUCCGCACGAAGAAUAUCCAAGCAUCCCGCACAAGGACCGAGAAUUUUGUCUCCUCUGUGUCAUCUAAGUCGCAAGGUGCACUCGAUUCCCAACGCUCCGAUUCGCCUUUAUACAAUCCUUCGGGAAGACGAACCCCUCAGCCUGGUGGAUACCAAGGCAACUCUUCAGAUCUUCUGACUUUGGACCCAUCAAAUCCUUCACCACUGGGACGCUCCUCUUUCCAGUCAGACCAACAGCUUAUGGUUAUGGAGGAGGCCCAGUCGAGCAACAGCUACACCCAGGCCCGUGGAGAGGCCAUUGAGGCCAUUGAACGAACAAUCAGUGAACUCGGGGGUAUUUUCGGUCAAUUAGCCCAGAUGGUCAGCGAGCAAUCUGAAAUGAUUCAGCGUAUCGAUGCCAACACAGAAGAUGUUGUGGACAACGUGGAGGGUGCACAGCGAGAACUGAUGAAGUACUGGACACGUGUUUCUGGCAACAGAUGGCUCAUCGCCAAAAUGUUUGGCGUUCUGAUGAUUUUCUUCCUUCUUUGGGUCUUGAUUUCGUGA